AGAUAGAUUCAUAAAAUAUAUAUUUUCUUGAUCCAUUUGAAUAGUGCAAUAUCGUUAUGGUAUUUUAUAUUUUCAUAAAAUUUUGUUAUGAUUUGAAUUUUUUUUCUUUGUUUUAAAAAUUAAGUUUUACGAAACAUUUUGAACUAAGAAUUAUAAAUUUUUAUUUUAAAAUAUUUAUUUUAAGUUAAUUUGAAGGUAUUUUUAUUGUUGCAAUAAUUUAUUUUUUGAUAAUUUGAUGUUAAGGAUUAAAAAAUAAUUUCAUAACUUAUUGGUGUGAACUUUAUUAAAGUCGCGCUUCCACCACGUGUUUUCGCGCUUCCACCACGUGUUUUCUCCCUUUGCUUUUUUACUUUCCCAAAUUCAUUUCUCCCAUUUCCAUUUUCCUUUUGUUUUUUGCUUUCCCAAAUUCAUUUCUUACACAUCUUCACAACCAAAAACAUGCUUCAAAGAAAAUCAGUUCUCACCUGCUAAAAAUGUAUUAAAAUUCCUGUAAAAUUCAUGUAUAUUUAAUUAUAGUAAGCUUUGUCUAAUUAUAGUAAAUUUAUUUGAAUUUUGGGAAAACAACCCAAAAAUCGAUUGUGCUGUUAAUCUUUCAAGUGUCUGGUACAAUAUUCUUUCUCUUUUAUUUUCUACAUUUUCUAUAUGUUUGCGGUGAAUUAUGAUUUGAAUUUGUUAUCUUUAUUUUAAAAAUUAAAUUUUACGAAACAUUUCGAACUAAAAAUUAUAUAUUUUUAUUUUAAAUUAACUUGAAGAUAUUUUUAUAGUUGCAAUAAUUUAUUUUUAGAUAAUUUAAUGUCAAGAAUUAAAAAAUAAUAUCAUAACUUAUUGAUGUUAACUCUUUUACGGUCCCAAUUUACUAGUUUACCAUCUAAAAACAAAAAAGUGAUGAAUAAAAAAGAUUCUUCCAACUCAAAGUCUUCACUAGACUAGACGACGAAUUCAUUUUAUCUGAGAGUUCAGAUCUUGCCACGUGUGUUUCCGUACAAACAAUACAGUAUCGGUUUCGAUUCCCUCUGUUUUUUUUUUGCCCCUUUCCUCUUCUCCAUCUUCUUCCUUUCCAAAAAUUGAACUCCUGAAUCUUCAACAAUUCUAUGUAAGCUUCACUCCUCAAUGCAAUCUCAAACCCACUCUUCAAUUUUUCUGUAAGAAAUCGACCCAAAUUUCUUGUUAAAAUUCAUCAAAAAAAAAUAUGGAGGUGGAGAGGUGGGUUGGGUUUGUUGAAUUGAUAAAUAAGCCAGCUGUAAUGGAAACAUUCGUCGACAUUUUGCUUUGCCUUGUUCCCAUUUGGGUUGCUGUUAUGAUCGGUUUAGUGAUCGGUUGGUCUUGGCGACCUCGUUGGACCGGCCUUGUAUUUUUAGGACUCCGGUCUAAAAUUAACCGGUUUGUUUGGACCAUUCCUCCCGGUUUUGGUGCUCGUAGGGUUUGGUUGGCAUUUACUGCUCUUUCAGCUUUCUCUGUUGGUAGUAAAUUGUGGUUUAAUUUUCAUGGGAGGACACGUAAGCCUUCGGCGGUGGCGGAUUCGGGUUCGGGUUCGGGUUCUGUGUCGAUGGAUCAGUUUGGAUCCGCUUCGAGUUCGGAUGCCGUCAUUAGGCAUAUUACUGGAUCGGAAAAUGAGGACAUUGUGACAGAGAAAGAUCUGGAACACUUUCUACAUCUACUAGAUGGAAAAGAUGGAGAGAUGGCAUGGCAAAUCAUGAUGGAGCGCUCUACUUCGAACUUCACAUACCAAGCUUGGCGGCAUGAACCUGAGAUGGGUCCAACAAUCUACCGAACCAAAACUGUAUUCGAGGAUGCAACUCCUGACAUAGUUAGAGAUUUCUUCUGGGAUGAUGAAUUUAGGCCGAAAUGGGACCCGAUGCUUGGCUAUUUCAAGAUAUUGCAGGAAUGGCCACAUACAGGAUCUAUGAUUAUCCACUGGAUUAAAAAGUUCCCGUUCUUCUGUAGUGAUCGUGAAUAUAUCAUUGGUAGAAGAAUAUGGGAAUCUGGGAAAAUAUAUUACUGUGUGACAAAGAGUGUACCAUACCCAUCUCUGCAAAGACGUGACAAGCCUAGGCGUGUGGACCUGUACUUCUCAAGUUGGAUUGUUAAGCCGGUGGAAUCGAAGAAGGGAGAUGGACAGUUAUCUGCUUGUGAAGUCACACUUCUUCACUAUGAAGAUAUGGGCAUCCCUAAAGAUGUUGCUAAAUUGGGAGUUCGUCAUGGAAUGUGGGGAACAGUGAAGAAGUUGCACAACGGCUUCAGAGCAUACCAGAAUGCAAGAAAAUCAGAGGCAGCGAUUUCCAGGUGUGCAAUGAUGGCAGGAAUCACUACAAAAAUCUCGCUCGAUGAAGGCGUUGAUGGUUUAGAGCAAGUUUCAGCUGAAGAAGAUAGAGCUGUGGAAGGCCAGAGAGGAGGAGAUGGUAGGAUUGAUUGGAAAUGGGUGGCUAUAGGAACAGUGGCUGUAGUUUGGGGCCUUCGUACAGGAAUGAUAGGAAAGGCUGUGUUAUUUGGAGCAGGACAAAGGAUUGCUCGCAGAGGCAGAAAUGCUUAGUGAAGAGUGGUAGCCAGUACCACUUUGUAGCAAUUCUACUCUUCAUUAUUGUAUUAUUCUUUUUUGGUUUGCAUUGAAGGCUGUCGUGCCUACAACCGGCAGCAUGGAGAAAAUAAUUACUCCAUCUACUUUUGACAUAAGAAAGAGACCCUUCUUUUUUUCA